AUGGCACAUAAGUUGGUCUGGGUGACAGCUGCUGUAUCAUUGGUGCUGCUCAUGGCAGCAAGGCAAGUGAGAACACAGGAUGCAGGUCCUGGAGGGGCUGGUGAAGGAGCAGGAGGGGCUGGUGAAGGAGCAGGAGGGGCUGGUGAAGGAGCUGGCAUGGGAGGCAUGGGAGGCAUGGGAGACAUGGGCAUGGGCAUGGGAGGCAUGGGAGACAUGGGCAUGGGCAUGGGAGACAUGGACAUGGGCAUGGGAGACAUGGGCAUGGGCAUGGGAGACAUGAACAUGACCAUGGAAGACAUGAACAUGACAGAUAUGAAGGAUACCAUGAUGUCCAGCACAACAAUGAUGCCCAGCACAACAAUGAUGAUGAUGAUGUCCGAGAUGACCAUGAUGGGAGGCAUGGCAUCCGCUGCUGGAAUGACAAAGGACAUGAUGGGUGGCAUGGCAUCCGCUGCUGGAAUGACACAGGACAUGAUGGGUGGCAUGACGGGUGGCAUGAUGGGUGGCACGAUGGGUGGCACGAUGGGUGGCACGAUGGGUGGGAUGAAGGGUGGCAUGAAGGGUGGCAUGAUGGGUGGCAUGAUGGGUGGCAUGAAGGCGAGUGACAUGAUGGGAAAGGCGGGCGAAGGCGGGGACAUGAUGGGGAUGAUGGGAGGAGCCGGAGACAUGAUGGGCAUGCCCAUGGGCAUGCUGCCAGACAUGAUGGGCGCCAACGACAAAAACACUAUGGCCAUGGACGAGGACAUCACCUUCUACACCAUCGUCAUGGACAGGCUCACUCUGCCUGAGGGGGGUCUCAUGGGAGUUGGAGGCAACAUGCUGGGAUUGGAAGGUUUGACAGGAACGGAUGACAUGAACGCUGACGAAUCCGAUGAAAGUGACAACGAAACCACAUCUUCUACCACAGAAAAACCUUGCUGCUGUUCUAAACCAGAUGCAUGUUGCCCACCCAAAGCUGUCACCUGUUGCUGAACGAGCAUAUCUUACCUUACUCUUUCAUGGCAAAUAUACAUAUGAGCCCAUGUUAUAGCACGCAUAUAUGCAAAUAUUUUCAAAUGAGCAGAAAAAUCUUGUUAAAACAUACCCACUGCAGGGACGAAGGUAAAGGAGUUCUCAGCAAAAACAAAUUGUCAAGAAAGAUAAAUAACAUGGCCGCCCUGGAUGAAAAAAAAAAAGGAAACCUAAUUGUAACCCUGAGGUAGGGGGAUUUCUUGUGACCAGAUUCUGCUGUAUGUACACAUUUUAUUGCACAUUUUUGAAUGGAUUAUUACGCAUAUUCAUGUAUCUUUUUGCACAAAUACAGUGAAACCUGGUUCACAAGAAUCACAUCACAGCACAGCCAUCUAGAAUCAAAAAUAACCUGUGUUGUAGAAAUUAAUUCCUGAAAUAUGAUGUUUUCUAACAAGGUUCUAUUGCAUACAUAUACUGUAGCAGUGUAGCACACAUAAACAUAUUUGCACAUUGAAUUCUAUGUUAUGCAUUUUACUCCUGUGUUGGCUACUAAGAGAUACAUCAGAACUUACAUUUAUUGUGUGAAAAGAAAUGCAAUUGGUGUGAAAAC